AUGUGGUUCGACAGAGACGAUCCUUCUGGUCAAGGCGACUGGGAAACUCUUCCUCAACUACGUCAAGAAAACCCCGGAAAGAUCUGCCCCAAACCUCUGGAGAUCCAUGUCCAGACGGUCUCAGGAAACCCAGUGGAGGCCGGCGCCGUCAUCUACAAAUCAGACACAACCAUUGGAUUCGUCUGUAAAAACAAGGACCAGGGGAAGGGUCAGUGUUCGGACUAUCGCGUUCGCUUCAGGUGCCCCCACGACUUCUGCCAUCCUCCUCAACAAUGCUGGACGGACUGGUUUGACCACGAUGACCCCAAAGGCACUGGAGACUGGGAGGUUGUGUUCGUUCUUCGUAAACAUUUUCCAGGUCGGAUCUGUGACAGCGCUCUGCAGAUCCAGGCCCGGACCACCUCUGGACUCCCCGCUGACUCCGUGGGAAACCAGUUUGCUACACUCUCGGCUGCUGUGGGUUUGAUCUGUUUGAACAAAGACCAGAGCGAAGGCGUGACGUGCAACGAUUUCGAGGUGCGGUUCCAGUGCCCCCUCGACUUCUGCAACAACAACGCCUGCUGGACUCCCUGGUUCGACAGAGAUGACCCCUCUGGCUCUGGGGACUGGGAGUCUCUGUUCGCUCUCCGUGCUGAGUUCCCAGGACAGAUCUGCAACAAACCUCUGGAGAUCCAGGCACUGACGACCUGCGGGAACAGUGUGGAGUCCACCGGGAACGAGAUCACGGCGAACGAUGUGAGUCAGGGUUUCAUCUGUCAAAACGACAAACAGAAGUGGAAAACAUGUGCUGAUUUUAGAGUGCGCUUCAGGUGUCCACCCGAGUUCUGCACAAACAAAAUUUGCUGGACUCGCUGGUUCAACAGAGAUAAUCCCGAAGGCACCGGAGACUGGGAGCUUCUGAGCGACCUGAGGAAGAGUUUCCCCAACAAGAUCUGCGACACUCCUCUGUACAUCGACGUGAGGACCACGGACAGCGACAAACCCAUCACCCUGACCGGACAGAAACACCACAUCUACAGUCCGACUGAAGGGUUUGCGUGUCUGAACGAGGACCAGGGCGGGUGUAAGUGCCGAGACUACAAAGUGCGCUUCGGCUGCCCCUGUGACUGCCCCCCCGAGACCUCAAAGGACACGUAUGAUGCAAAGUCGUCCUGA